AUGAUUAAUAGCGCACCCGCAUCGGUAAAUGCUCAUGCACGUCAAAAUAGUGAAGUAGGUMAGGUAUUGUUAUCAACGGCCGAGAUUCUCGUAUUCGACAGUCAAAAUAAACCGGUUUUGURCCGUGCGUUACUGGAUAGUGGAUCGCAGCACAAUUUUAUGACCGAGUCAUUGACCCGGCGUUUAAAUUUAAAACGAAUAAAGUCAUCGUGUUCGAUAAUCGGCAUUAAUGAUGCAUCGCAUACGUCUACGUACAAAGUAACAACUACUUUUAAAUCGCGUAUAUACGACUAUUCAUUAAAUUUGGAAUUUUUUGCACUUCCCAAUUUAACGAGCAAGUUACCGUUGAUGCCGGUUAAUCUGACAGAACUGAAGAUCCCGGUGGAUAUAAGCUUGGCGGAUCCAUCUUUCCACGUGCCUAAAAAAGUAGAUAUCAUUUUAGGCGCCGAAAUAUAUUUUGAAUUACUAACUAAAGAACAAAUUCAGACAGUUUCACGGGGGCCAAUUUUCCAGGGCACUCGUUUAGGUUGGAUCAUCGCGGGACCCAUCCCUUCGCCAACAAAUCAAGCCGAAAACUCAACAUUUUCAUUAUGUACGAGCGUAAUGUCCGAAUUCGCAAAUAUAKAAAAUCAAAUUGCCGAAUUUUGGCGCUUAGAGGAGGUAAAGAAUUGCAACGUAUACACAUUAGAGGAAAAAAGGUGUAAACAACAUUUCGAGUUAAAUGUAAAGCGUGGUGAAGACGGGCGUUUUACA